UGGGCAUCCGCGACUCUGUAGCCGGAAGCGGAAGUACAAGCUUUGGCUCUGUAGCCGGAAGCGGCCGGCGUCCUGCAGCCGUCAUGGCGGCUGGCGGGAACCUGAGCCGGACGGAGCGGAAAGCGGCAGCCCGAGCUGAGAUUCUGCAGCAGGAGGAGCAGCGGGACCGGCGCAGACAGGUGUCCCGGAUCCUGAAGAAGCCGGUGGCGGAGCGGAACCCUGAGGAGAGCCUGCUCCUGAGCGAGUGUGAGGAUAUCGUGCGGGAGCUGGAGCGGCGGUGCAAGAAGCGCGAAGGGCUGCGCAGGAGGCAGGAGGAGGUUUGUGAUGAACCAGAGGAAUUAAAGAGAAAGGUUAUUGAGCUGGCUGCAGCUGUCCAAAGUGCGAAACACCUGGUCAUCUAUACAGGAGCUGGGAUCAGCACGGCAGCUUCAAUCCCUGACUACAGGGGUCCUAAUGGAGUUUGGACAUUACUGCAGAAAGGGAGGAGUAUCAGGGCUACAGAUCUGAGUGAAGCGGAGCCCACACUCACCCAUAUGAGCAUUGCCUGCUUACACAAGCACAACCUGGUACAGCAUGUGGUGUCUCAGAACUGUGAUGGGCUCCACCUACGGAGUGGGUUACCCCAAGCAGCAAUAUCUGAGCUUCAUGGAAACAUGUACAUAGAGGUCUGUACUUCCUGCACACCCAAUAGAGAAUAUGUGCGAGUGUUUGAUGUGACGGAGCGCACGGCCCUGCACAGACAUCAUACAGGCAGGAUGUGCCAUAAGUGUGGGGCACAGCUGAGAGACACAAUCGUCCAUUUCGGGGAGAAAGGGACCUUGAGGGAACCUCUGAACUGGGAAGCAGCAACAGAGGCUGCGAGCAAAGCAGACGUGAUUCUGUGUCUGGGUUCCAGCUUAAAGGUUUUGAAAAAGUAUCCACAUCUUUGGUGCAUGAGCAAACCCCCCAGUCGCCGUCCAAAACUCUACAUUGUCAACCUGCAGUGGACUCCAAAGGAUGAUCUUGCUGCCCUGAAACUACAUGGGAAAUGUGAUGAUGUUAUGAGAUUAUUGAUGGAAGAACUUGGUCUGGAGAUCCCAUGCUAUGACAGCUAUGAUAUGGUGCAUUAUGGCCACUCGAAUCAGCUGCGCCAGGCUCGGGCCAUGGGAGACUAUCUCAUUGUGGGAGUCCACACGGAUGAGGAGAUUGCCAAGCACAAAGGACCACCUGUCUUUACCCAGGUGGAGAGGUACAAAAUGGUGCAAGCUAUCAAGUGGGUGGAUGAGAUUGCCGUACAAGCUCCCUACGUCACCACACUGGAAACCCUGGACAAGUAUAAUUGUGACUUCUGUGUGCACGGCAAUGACAUAACACUAACUGUAGACGGCAAGGACACCUAUGAAGAGGUGAAGGCAGCUGGAAGAUACAGGGAAUGUAAUCGCACGCAAGGAGUGUCCACUACUGAUUUGGUUGGUCGCAUGUUGCUCAUGACCAAGGCUCACCACAGCAACAUAGAUGAAGACCUGGAUUACCGGAAGCACAAGGAUAACUUUGGGAAGGGCCCUAAAGGUCACAGCCCCUGGACUGGAGUCUCACAGUUCCUGCAAACAUCCCAAAAGAUCAUCCAAUUUGCAUCUGGGAAGGAGCCGCAGCCAGGAGACACCAUCAUCUAUGUGGCCGGAGCCUUUGACCUGUUCCAUAUUGGGCACGUGGAUUUCUUGGAGAAAGUGCACCUGCAGGCCGAGAGACCCUACAUCAUUGCUGGGCUGCACUUUGAUCAGGAAGUGAAUCGCUACAAAGGGAAGAACUAUCCCAUCAUGAACAUCCACGAGAGAACUCUUAGCGUCUUGGCAUGCAGGUAUGUGUCCGAGGUGGUGAUUGGCGCCCCGUAUGCAGUUACUGCCGAUCUGCUGGAUCAUUUCAAGGUGGAACUUGUGUGUCAUGGGCUGACUGAGGUGGUGCCAGAUAAGGAUGGCUCUGAUCCAUACCAGGAGCCCAAGAGACGUGGCAUUUUCCGGCUGGUGGACAGUGGCAGCGACCUCACUACAGACCUGAUUGUGCAAAGAAUCAUCAAGAACAGGUUGGAGUUUGAAGCCAGGAACCAGAAGAAAGAAGCAAAAGAGCUGGCUGUGCUGGAGGCCAUGAAGAAAAUGGAGGAAGAGGAGCAUGAGAAAGGCCUCCAGAGCUAGGAUGAUUCAGAACAAGUGUGUGGAGGGGGAGAGCACAGUAGUGUUCUCUCUUCUGGAGAAGUAAGCGAAGCCUGCCUACCCUAGGCAAGGACAGUGCUGCUGUCCCCAACAAGACACCAUCUCACACAUUCUUCCCUCUUCAUAUCCUACUGCAGAUUGUGCAGAGAUGACAAGCUAGGAUGCUGCUUCCUAGUUUUCUCUUAAUCAGCCCCCAGCCACCUUCUUUCCUAGGGGGAGAUCUGUUUUACUCCUUUAAAGGAAGUUUUAAUUCUAAUUAAUGUUUUAACAUGUUGUGGUUUUACCUUCUGCCAGUUUUGGCUUCUGACAUGUGGGAAGUGCUGUGCCCUCUGCAGGACUCUGCUCCACUUGGUGUGGGAUUUUGGUUGGUUAUGCUGUUAGGAGUCUGUCUGCUUCAAACCAUCCUUCCAGGUUUUUUUUCCUUUUUUUGCUAUCAACAAGAAUUUUACAAACUGAAGAGUCUGCUCCUGCCCAAGCCCUUGAUUUUGACCUUUGAGCACCUAGAAUUUGUAGUGAGAGCUUGUGGGUGCUUAGCACCUGUGAGAAUCAUUCAGGCCCUUAACCUGUAGCAAUAGCCCUCACAGUUGAUACAGAGCAUCAGCUGCUGUCUUUGGGAGAUGACCUCCAGCUACUAUGUGCUGAGCUACUUGCUCUGUGCAUGGGCAGGUGUUGAGAACAGGCCACUCCCUUCUGCAGUGCUCAGAGCUGCUUCAGCUCUGUUGGUACUGAGUCAAACAGCUGGGGGAAAGGCUCUGUGGUGCCUGUGGCUGGUGCUAAUAUACUGCCAGCUUCCAUACUGAGAAAUGGGAUCGGUGGGGUGGGCAGUGCAGCAAGCAGGAGCAUGGGGGAAGGGCUCAGUGCCAAUAGUUUCCCAAGGGGAAUCAGGGAGGCCAUUAGCUGCACUAAGCAUGUGCUUUCCUUGGGCCCCUCUUCCUACAGCAGCAAGGAUGUGGACUUUGGCCCUCAGUACACACCACAGCGGGCUUUCUCCUUGCCUUUGCUGCCCAUUCCUGCUUGUGGGCAGCUGUCUCGCUUGUUCUAACUAGGGAGUGGACAGUCUGCCUGGCCGUCCCGCGCAUGGGCUGCUGUCUCACCUGUAUUCUAACCAGGGAGCGGGCAGUCUGCCUGCCUAUCCCGUGCGUAGGCUGCUGCUUCACCUGUUCUAACCAGGGAGCGGGUAGUCUGCCUGUCUGUGGGCUGCUGCCUUGCCUGUAUUCUAACCAGGGAGUGGGCAAUCGGCCUGUCUGUCUGUCCUGCGAGUGGGCUGCUGCCUUGCCUGUUCUAACCACGGAGCAGGCAGUCCGCCUGCCCGGCCCGCGCAUGGGCACAGCAGGUGCUGAGUCCCCCCUGGGGGGAUGUUGGGCGGCUCCAGCCUGACUGUUUUUUGUCUGUUGCUAUUGUACGUUUCUUGGAAAUUAAUAAACGUGUUAAGCCAUUUGA